AAAAAUCUCAACCCGAUUGGUAUCAUUAAGGAUCCGACCCGUGUGUGUUUUAUUAUGGAGAAAAUGUUAAAACGGGUCAAAUACUAUGAAAUUGGUUCUUGCAUCAUCCUCUUUGGCCCCUUGCUUCUGUGUUCGAUUCUUUCCACCAAACCAUAACAAUCUCAAUCCUUCAUUCUCAGGGCAACGAAAGAUUAAAUUACGCGCGAUUUCCGUUAGUUGCGGUAUGAGUGAGGUGUUGAAGAGUGAUUUAAUGGAACCUGAAGCAGAAACGUUGGUGAACAAGAGAAAUCUUUAUGCUCCUAUUGAGCCAUAUAGCACUGGAAAUUUAAAGGUUUCAGAUGUUCACACACUCUACUGGGAGCAAUCAGGAAAACCCGAUGGACACCCAGUUGUUUUUCUUCACGGAGGGCCGGGAGGAGGGACAGCUCCUGGUAAUAGGAGAGUCUUCGAUCCUGAGUUUUAUCGCAUUAUUCUGUUUGACCAGAGAGGUGCAGGAAAGAGUACACCACAUGCUUGCUUGGAGGAAAACACCACAUGGGACCUUGUAAAUGAUAUUGAAAAACUAAGAGAACAUUUGAAAAUACCGGAAUGGCUGGUUUUUGGUGGAUCAUGGGGAAGCACUCUAGCACUUGCGUACAGCCAGUCUCACCCUGACAAGGUUACUGGUUUAGUCCUUAGAGGGAUCUUUUUGUUGCGUAAAAAGGAGAUUGAUUGGUUUUACGAGGGUGGUGCUGCUGCUAUAUACCCUGAUGCUUGGGAGGAGUUCAGAGAUCUUAUUCCAGAAAACGAGAGAGGUAGCCUUGUGGAUGCAUAUCACAAAAGAUUGAAUUCUGAUGAUCUGGAAACUCAAUAUGCAGCUGCAAGAGCUUGGACUAAAUGGGAAAUGAUGACUGCUUAUCUUCGUCCAAAUCUUGAAAACGUUCAAAAGGCAGAGGAUGAUAAAUUUUCUUUGGCGUUUGCAAGGAUUGAAAAUCACUACUUUGUUAACAAAGGUUUCUUUCCAUCGGAUUCAUACUUGCUAGACAAUGUUGAUAAAAUACGACAUAUCAAGACCACCAUUGUUCAGGGAAGGUAUGACGUAUGUUGUCCUAUGAUGUCUGCUUGGGAUCUGCACAAAGCAUGGCCAGAGGCAGAACUCAAGAUUGUUUAUGAUGCUGGGCACUCGGCAAAUGAGCCAGGAAUAGCAGCGGAACUCGUGGUUGCCAAUGAAAAGAUGAAAGCACUUAUGAGAUAAAGUAUUUGAUGGAAAGAAAGCUGCUCAUUUGUUCAUUUCUUCGGGACCUAUGUUCAUAUUUUCAAGUUUGUUACUACAAGAUAAACAUCACAUUCACGUAUGCAUGCGCAUUCACAGAGUUUUUUGUUAAUGCGAACCAGAAUGUUAUUUCCAUAGACGUUUUAUACCCAAAAGAAAAAGACAAUGCCAUUGCUGCAGUGUUUUGAAACCCGGACUA